CCUUCUUUCCCGUUUCUGAAUAUGGCCGUUUAUCGUAAGGGAUACGCCGUCACUGGCAGCCUUAAGUGAGAGAGUUGGAUUAAAACACGGUGUUUGAGGAAGAAGAUACGAGCGCACCCUGUAAAGACUCCUCCACCUCCAGCAGCAAACAAGGCUCCGCACUGCUGCCUGACCCCCACCGCCUCUGAUACGUCUCCCAACUACAACUCCCAGGCUGCUGUGCUGCAGGCGUGCGUCUGCCAUAGCCUUCCCUCAGACUGGCAGAGCCGGCUGGGUCAGGGGCUCUGGGAGGAGGUCAGGGGUUGCGCCGGACGAGGGCCCUCCGAGGUCAAAGGUCGUCAGGGAGGGGGAGACGCGCACGACAUUGCUAGGGCGUGCAGGCCCUGGAGCAUGUUGAGUGGCUGCCGUUGCCAUGGAGCUGCAGGAUAAGAAGCAGGAGGAGGGGGUUGUGUCUCUGGGUCUGGCCACAGGAGAGGCUCUCCUCACCCUGAAGGAGCAGCUGAGCGGUCUGCUGGAGCAGCACCAGAAGACAGGCCGCAGACGCUGCUCUGUGCAGGAGCAAUGGGCGAAGAGCUUCCUUCACCAUGGUAACCGCCAUUCCUGCCUCCAUUGGCCGGGAGCCGCCCUCACGCUGCUGGUGGUUUUGGGAUUGCUCUGUUGCUAUGGCAGCCAGCCUCUGGGCAGUCGGGGUCUGGAGGUGGCGAGCGCCCUGGCUCUCCUGCUGCUGCUGCUGCUGAACCUGUGGCUGGUGGGACGACAGCAGAGGCUGAAGAAGAGCGAGAUGGUUCGCCGUCUGAGGAACAUCAUCACGCAGAUGGAUGACUACAUGUCAGGCUGUGCGGCAGAGAGCGUGCGCUGGUCUCCCUCCCUCUACCCUGACCUGUACACGCCCUCGUCUCCCUCCUGGUCUCUCCACUGGACCUACCGCGACUCCCAGCUGGUCAACCUGCCCGUGGCGUUGCUGGUGGAGGGGGACGUGAUCGCCCUGCGCCCCGGCCAGGAGGCCUUCGCCUCGCUCAGGGGCAUCAAGGAUGACGAGCAUAUCGUUCUGGAGCCAGGAGACCUGUUCCCCCCCUUCUCCCCCCCUCCCUCCCCCCGGGCCAGUGAGAAGAGGGGCCCCCAGAGCCCCCAGCAGCAACGCCUCUUCCGGGUGGUCCGCACCCCCAUACUGGACAGUGUCAGGAACAGCCUGGACCUGGCUCUGUCUGGGCCAAUCACGUCGCUGGAUAAUGAGCGCUUCACAGUGCAGUCCAUCAUGGCCAAGCUGGCCUGUCCCAUCGUCCUGGUGGCGUUCUUGCUGGUGAACACGGUGCGGUUCUUCUGCGACGCGCCCAACCUCACCCCCGCCUGCUGGCACCUCCUCCAGCUACAGCUGCUAGGCGUGCUGCCCAUCCUGCCUCUCCUGUUCCCAGUGCUCUGGGUCCUGGUCAACGCCUACGGGGAGGCCCGCGUCCUAGCAGAGUCCAGCCGCGCCUCUCCCACCGGCCUGCUUGCUAAGUUUUCUGAGGACACUCUAAGCAGCUACACAGAAGUGGUGUCCUCCCAGGAGAUGCUGCGGUGUGUGUGGAGACACCUGGUGGCCAUCCUGAAGGGGGAGUCUCAGACCCUCUGCUAUACAUCCAGCCUGCUACACUCACUGGGGUCUGUCACUGUACUGUGCUGUGUGGAUAAGCAGGGCAUCUUGUCAUGGCCUAACCCCAGCCCAGAGACCGUUCUGUUCUUCAGCGGACGAGUAGAACCGCCCCACGACAGCCAGGACGACCUGAGGGAUGACCUGUCGGUCAACUCCUUCUGCCGCAUGGAGGUGGACGACGACCGCGACGAGCAGCAAGUCUCUAAUUGGUCAGCGCUACUGCCCGUCCAGGCCCUGGAGGCGGAGGCUUUGCUGCGUCGUCCAAUGACUGACUCCCCCUUGCACCUGGGGGAGGGGCACGAGCCCAGCGAGACGUCACAUGACACGGCCCAGUCCUCGGACGUGCUCCACCCACGCCUCGCCUGCCCGCCGCCACCCCACACACGAAACAAACACCCCUCAGGCUCCAACGUCAGCUUCAGCCACGACACCGAGGGGGGCGAUGACGAGCUCACGCAGGACCAGGACCGCGUGGGCUGCCCCGAGGCCGAGGCGGAGGACUUUGUGUGCGACUACCACCUGGAGAUGCUCAGCCUGUCCCAGGACCAGCAGAACCCCGUCAGCAUCCAGUUUGACGACCUGGCGUGGCAGUGCCACCUGCCCUCGCUCAAGCCCCUGGGCCUGAACAUCCUGCUGAACCUGUGCAACGCCAGCGUCACCCGCCAGCUGUGCUGCUUCUCCGACCACCUGUCCAACCUGGCCCUGCAGGAGGGCCGCGGGGCCGUGCUGCCGGUGCACAUCCCCUGGGGGCUCUGUGAGCUCUCCAGGCUUAUAGGCUUCACCCCGGGGGCGAGGGAGCUGUUCAGACAGGAGAACCACCUGGCUCUGUACCAGCUCCCGGAAGACCCCCACCAGGACUCUGGGCCGCGGCGCACGCAGCUCUUCACCAAGAGGCAGCCGCCCAUCAGUCACCUCAUCUCCCUCCUCGUGAAAGACUCCUCCUCUAACAACGUGCAGAUGCUGUCUCACGGCUCAGCUGACCUCAUUCUGGAGUCCUGCACCGACUUCUGGGACGGAGCCGAUAUCUACCCCCUGUCUGGCUCUGACAGGAAGAAGGUGCUGGAUUUCUACCAGCGAGCCUGCCUGUCGGGGUACUGCUCGGCGUUCGCCUACAAGCCCAUGCAGGUGUCCCUGUCGUCCCAGCUGGAUGGGAAAUGUGUGGAGCUGGCCCCAGGACCCUGCCUGUACUCUGGGCUGGAGCUGCCCUCCACCACCCCCCUCAAACACGGCUCCCGCAGAAACAGCUGGAGCUCCGAUGAGGGUAUAGGGGAGGGGGUGGAGCGUGAGGACUGUGUCCAGGCCCUGAGCGGUCAGAUCUUCAUGGGCAUGGUGUCGUCUCAGUACCAGGCCCCGCCUGGACACGGUGCGCCUCAUCGACGCCCUCUCGUCACCGCCUGCAUCCGCUUCGUCUACUUCUCCAUGGAGGACGAGCUGCGCAGCAAGGUGUUUGCAGAGAAGAUGGGUCUGGAGACGGGCUGGAACUGUCACAUCUCCCUGACGCCCAACGGGGGACUCGCCCUACGACGCCCCCGGCCAGCCCCAGCCAGUCCCUGCACGACGACCUCAACCAAGACUCGCGUGACGAGGGCUUGAGGGUCUUCUGCUCCAGGAGGAGGAGGGGCACUCUGCCAGCUUUCCAGCCCACAGACAGCGACGUGCCCAGCUUCCUGGAGGACUGCAAACAGGGUAA